AUGGAAACUCCCCGAAAACCUCAUUUCUUCAAGCCUCUUCUUCCUGGUUUUCAAAGUGGCGUCGCAAUACCACUUGACUUCUACUCAAAACACAUACAAGGGGCUGAGAUCAAUAAACCAUGGAAGCUAAGAUCGGACGCUUCGGAUCAAAUUUGGGAGGUGAUCCGAGAAGGCAGGACACUCACCAAAGGUUGGAAAGAGUUCACCGAAGCACAUGAUCUUCGAAUCGGUGACAUUGUCAUCUUCAAACACGAAGGAGACAUGGUCUUUCAUGUGACUCCUUUUGGUCCUAGCUGUUGUGAGAUUUUGUGGUCCGACGCGGAUGAUGCUCCUACUUUCUCAUACGACUACUGCUUCUUGGCUGAGGUUACUCCUACAAAUCAAAAGGACGACAAAAUGUUUCUUCCUGUGGAAGCUAUGAGGUGUGGUGCUUUGAACCAACAAUGCAAAGAGGUCAAACUUGUCAACAAGGAGGGAAAGUCAUGGACUGCGCGCUUCGGAUUUAGCGAAUCAGACGGCGCAUAUUACAUCAGCAGAGGGUGGAGAAAGUUCUGUCGUGAUAACAGAUGCACCAACGGAGAUUUGUUUGUGUUCAACGUGGUUGGAGACGGGACGACAACUCCAUUACUGUGUGUAUGUCCGGAAAGGAAGGAGUGUACUGAACUACUGAUCAAGCACUUCAGCAGAAUCGAUGGUAGCAUUGCUUCUACCUCACGAAAUUAG